GGGUCGUGAGUAGAAAGGAAAACAUCGUCAACUCAAGAUAAAUAUAUACCAGAUUCAUUCCAACACACUGAAGCACCCAAGAACCAAGACACAAAGAAGGGAAGCCUUUGCCGUUUGGGUUUCCACUUUCCAAUUCCAUUAUACUCCCAAAUCUCAAAUCCCUUCUUCAUUCAAGAUUCGGCAAAAGAAUUUCUUCUAAGAAAUUUAAUAGUUAAUUCAUUUUUUUUUUCUUUCAAAAAGAAAAUGGAAGGAGGAGAAGAGGGAGAAGAGGUAAGCAUAGAAGAGCUCGCCUCCAAUCUCUCCACCUAUAAGGAACAGCUUCUCCAGGUCAAGCAGCUGUUGGCUGAUGAUCCUGGAAACUCGGAAUAUGCUGACAUGGAAAGGGAGCUCAAUGAGGUAAUUGCCUUAACGGAGGAACUGCUGGAAACUGCAAAGCAAAAUGAGAAUUCUGUAUCCAAUGUUGUGACUGGGGCAAGUGUUGAUACAUCUCCUGAUUGGAAUGAUAAGGAUUCACUAAGCCUUUCUGACCAUCAAGAGAAGUUUCCUGUUGGCACAAAGGUGCAAGCUGUUUGGAGUGAAGAUGGCGAAUGGUAUGAUGCAACAAUUGAGGCUCAUACUCCAAUUGGGUAUUACGUUGCUUAUGUUGAAUGGGGCAAUAAAGAAGAGGUGGAUCCUGAUAAUAUAAGGCCAAUUCAAGAAGGCGCUGUGAAUGCAUUGGUGGAAGCAGAGAAGGUAGCUGAAGCUACAAAGCAAGCUAUUAAGAGAAAAAUUGCUCAAGCUGCUUCUGUUGACUUCCAAUCUCGAACCUUGCCAGCUAAACUUCGUAUAGAACCUGAUGACCCCGAGGAUGUGAAAGCAACCAAGCGAAAGAAGAUACAUGCUUUCAAAUCAAAGAUGCGGUUUGAGCAGCUUGAAGUUACACAAAAUAAGCGCCAAAAUGCUUGGCAGCAAUUCCAGACAACAAAAGGCAAGACAAAGAAGGUUGGUUUCUUCUCUGGACGCAAGCGAGAGAGCAUCUUUAAGUCUCCUGAUGAUCCGUUCGGUAAGGUUGGUGUGACUGGAAGUGGGAAGGGUUUAACAGACUUUCAGAAGAGAGAAAAGCAUUUGCACCUUAAGGGCGGAAGCGGAGAGACAGAUGAGCAGUAGUAGGGGCUUAAUUUAACAUAGCAUUAUGUCAUUUUCUGUAUUUAACAUACAUUAAAUAAUUAAUAAUUUACUCUUGCUAAUGCAAAAUGCUCGCAUAGGUCUGCGAUUUUUUGUUGAUGAAAUAUUUGACCUGCUUUCAUGUUGGCCUCUUGCUUUAUUGUUACUUCUUUUGACCUAUUUAUUGAUAGGAUGGGAUGAGAGCACGGUUUGGUCGUACCAUCACUGUUCUUUAAUGUAAAAAAAAAUGUAAAAAUUGUAUGGGUAGUAUUCAAAGUUUUAAGUUUGUAAGCGGUAAAAACUUAAUAUUUAUUUUUAACGGCAUAAAUAUUUAAUAUUUGUAAAA